GCGGCGCCGCGCAGCAGCACCGAGUCCCGAGGCGAGAGCGAGCGAGUGCGCACUGCCGGCACCUCCCGGCUCAGCCCCGCGCCGCGCGCCCCGAGGCGCGAUAGCCCGCGCCGCCUUAGCUCGGCGCUAUGGCCCCGACCGUGACGCUGCGCCUUGGCCGCCUCCUCUGGCUCGCCGGCCUGCUGCCCUUGGCCCCGGCCCCAGCGGCCGCAGGCCUGUACGAGCUCCGCCUCGUCACGGAUGGCCCUGCCACCACAGGUGCAGAAGUGACCAUCUCGGCCGGCCUCGUGGCCAAGGACAAUGGCAGCCUGCCCCUGCCCGCUGAUGCCCACUUCUACCGCUUCCACUGGCUCCACUCCCCGCUAGUUCUCACUGGGAAAAAGGAGAAGCCGUCGAGCUCCACCAUCCACGUGGUCGGGAAUGUGCCAGGGGACUUCCCAGUCUCCGUCUGGGUCACGGCCGCCAACUGCUGGAUGUGCCAGCCGGUGGCCAGGAACUUUGUCGUCCUUCCCAUCACAGAGUUCCUUGUGGGCAACCUUGUCGUCACCCAGAACAGCUCCUUGCCCUGGCCCAGCUCCUAUCUCACCAAGACGACUCUUAAAAUCUCCUUCCUCCUCCAUGACCCAAGCAACUUCUUCAAGUCCUCCUCAUUCCUCUACAGCUGGGACUUCGGAGAUGGGACCCAGAUGAUGACCGAGGACGCCAUGGUCUACUAUAAUUAUUCCAUCAUUGGAACCUUCACCGUCAAACUCAAAGUGGUGGCGGAGUGGGCGCAGGCAGAGGGGGACACCGGCAAGGGCAUCAUGCAGAAGACGGGCGACUUCUCGGCCUCACUGAAGCUGCAGGAAACGCUUCGAGGCAUCCAGGUUUUGGGACCCACCCUCAUUCAGACCUUUCAGAAGAUGACAGUGACCUUGAACUUCCUGGGGAGCCCCCCGCUGACUGUGUGCUGGCUCCUCAAGCCCGAGUGCCUGCCGCUGGAGGAAGGGGAAUGCCACCCGGUGUCAGUGGCCAUCACGGCUUACAACUUGACCCACACCUUCAGGAAUCCUGGGGAUUAUUGCUUCAGCAUCCGAGCUGAGAACGUCAUCAGCAAGACCCAUCAGUACCAUAGGAUCCAAGUAUGGCCGUCCAGCCUCCAGCCAGCCAUCUUUGCCUUCCCAUGUGCCACUCUCAUCACCGUAAUGCUGGCCUUCAUUAUGUACAUGACCCUGCGGAAUGCUGCUCAGCAAAAGGACAUGGUGGAGGUGGCUGAUUUUGACUUUUCCCCCAUGUCUGACAAGAACUCGGAGCCACCCUCUGGAGUGAGGUGCUGCUGCCAGGUGUGCUGUGGGCCCUUCUUGCUGGAGACUCCCUCUGAGUACCUGGAAAUCGUCCGCGAGAACCACGAGCUUCUCCCACCCUUCUACAAGUCUGUCAAAACUUACACUGUGUGAGCACCCUCCCUCCAUCCCGUCUCAGUGGUUGCUGACCACUGCCUUAGAGCUUUGGGAAUUGGUGUGCGUGCCCCUAAGCAGUGCGAGUUCACGUAUGCAGGCCUGUUUGCCCCAGCCAUCCAUCCAUCUGUACAGUACAGCCACUGCCAAAAGCUCCUCUCAGUCACCCACCAUACCCCUGCCUUUGAAGAGGCCCCAAACAGAACUCAGACACUUGGAAGGGUCUGUGCUCCUAGUGGCACAUCUGCUGUGCGUCUGGGAUUCACACACACACACUCUUCUGGGCAGCUUUGCCUGCAUCAGAGAACCAGGAGGAAGGUCACAAACUGAUGAGAAUACUUAACUAAAGAUCAUACACACACAUGUUCGCACACAAACAAAAAUAUGUAUACACAUGCAUCACACAGGCAUCUCAGACGAUUUCCUCUGUAUCAGUUAAGUUGGAUGCUGGGAUGUACCUUGAAUUAGAACGAAAAUGGAAUCUGACCUUCUCCACUUGGCCCCAAGAGCUCCUGAGCCUGACCCCUUCUUCUGUGUGUUGUCUUGGCAGCUACACGGUCCUGCUCCAAGAACACCCUUGCCUGCUCGCUGGGGGUUAGGUGGGGGUAGGACUAACUUCAUGAGCGCGGUGUCCUUUGUAAAUAUCAGUUCAUUUUACCGAAAUCUGUAAGUUAAACUUGAAUUAAGGAAAAGGGCUUGCAGCAGAAAGGGAACUUGAACCUGUGUGGAUCUGAGUUCCCAGAAACGUGGAUAGUGUCUGUGACCGCUCCACUGCCCCCAAGGUGGCCUUGAGAAGGAAGAAGCGGGACUGAACAGAGCCUGGGGUGGGGGCAGACACCCCACCCUUCUCCCCUCUGGCCCUUGGCCCUGGGGAAGGAUGUGCCUGUGGAGGGGGUGGGUUACAGGUUCAGUGGGAAAGAAGGAUUAGGCCCAGUUCCCAACAUUCAGGAGCAACCCAUGUGAGCCAUGUGGGUGGGCCCUGUCGCUGUCAUCAUGUGCCCUCGGACUUGGUGGGAAACGGCAUUCACACUGACGUGCAGCUCAUUCUCAUGAAAUACUGCCAUUCGUUGCUGAAUAAAGCUCGUGUACUCUGAAUAUAGCUAAGCA